UUCUUUUUUCUUUUCAUCCCUUCACCUUAUCCUCUGUCUCUCCCUUCAGAAGCCGUUACCAUUGCCACCACAACCCGGAACGUGUCGCCUCGCAGUUUCUUUGUGUCUAUUUUCAGACACAAAGCAACACUUUUCAUCACAGCUUCAUGUCUCUGUCUCUUCUUCGUCUCUCUUCUUCGCCGCACCUUUCAACCUCUCUUCUCCUUCCAACACCAACCCUUUUCCCUUCUUUCCUCUUUCAUCUUCCUCUUACCCCCAAAUGCCUCCAAAUCACGCGAAGAGGCCCCUCCGUUUCCGCUUACUCGCGUGGAGUCCCAGAGCGUGCAGAAUAUGACGCUGCAAGUGAAGAUGAUGAUGAAGAAGAAGAAGAACCCAUGAGGGCUAUUUACGAAGAAGAAGUUUUACCUGAAAGAUGGGAUGUAUUGGGUCUCGGUCAAGCCAUGGUAGACUUCUCUGGCACGGUUGAUGAUAAUUUCCUCAAAAAUUUGGGAUUAGAGAAGGGAACGCGGAAAGUUGUAAAUCAUGAAGAAAGAGGUAGAGUUUUGCAGGCUAUGGAUGGGUGCAGCUAUAAGGCUGCGGCUGGUGGAUCCCUUUCUAAUACCUUAGUUGCCUUGGCAAGGCUUGGAAGCCGCUCUGUCGAAGCUCCCGCUAUAAAUGUGGCAAUGGCUGGGAGUGUAGGAAGUGAUCUAUUGGGUGGCUUCUACAGGGAAAAAUUACGCCGAGCAAAUGUGCAAUUUCUUUCUGCACCUAUCAAGGAUGGGACAACUGGAACAGUCAUAGUUCUCACAACUCCAGAUGCCCAGCGCACAAUGCUUGCAUACCAGGGCACUUCCUCAACUGUUAACUGUGAUGCAUCCUUGGCUAGUGUAGUUUCCAAGACCAACAUCCUUGUGGUUGAAGGGUAUUUAUUUGAACUUCCUGAUACCAUUAAAACAAUAACUAAAGCAUGUGAGAAAGCGCGGAGGAAUGGUGCCUUGGUUGCAAUAACAGCUUCAGAUGUCUCCUGCAUCGAGAGACAUUUCGAUGAUUUCUGGGAAAUAAUUGGGAAUUGUGUGGAUUUGGUGUUUGCAAAUGGUGAUGAGGCCAGAACUCUGUGUAAUUUUGAAGCAAAGGAAAAUGCUGCUUCAGCUGCAAGGUAUCUGAGCCACUUUGUUCCUCUAGUAUCGGUUACCGAUGGUCGCAAAGGCUCUUACAUAGGUGUAAAAGGUACAGCUGUAUAUAUCCCUCCUUCUCCAUGUGUUCCAAUAGAUACUUGUGGUGCUGGGGAUGCUUAUGCAUCUGGCAUACUCUAUGGUCUCUUAAGAGGCAUAUCAGAUUUGAGAAGUAUAGGAACAAUAGCAGCUAAGGUUGCAGCCACUGUUGUUGGACAACAAGGAACAAGGCUUAGAAUUUCAGAUGCAGUCAAAUUGGCUGAAUCUUUCGCAUUUCAACUUGAUUCCUCUAUUCGAUCCGAUGUUGGUACUGAUCACAUUUCUAGUGUCUAAUUACAUGGCACUUUCUAUUGAAUUAUAUAUAUAAUUCUUUCAUAAAAUGAAUGUAUUUCUUUCUUUAGUAUAUUUCAAAGCCCUGUACAUACUUUCAUUAUAUAAAAAAAUAGCUAUGCUGGGAAUUGAAUUAUUUAGGCUUCCGUCUAGUCUCACACCACCACCGUCACCACCAUCUACAUUCAUAUUUGUUGAUAUUGACUGAUAUAUACGAAAUCUAAGGUGGUUAUUACUGACAUUGGACAUU